AUGGACCUCAAGCCGUUUGACGGCGACCCGAAGAAUUGGCAAGAUUUUAUCGCUAUUUUCCGCGAUUUGGUUCAUCACAAUUCCAGUCUAACAACGACUCAAAAAAUUGCCAUUCUCAAGCGUUGUUUGACCAGCGAAAUACGUGAUGGACUUGGUGAUUUGUUAAGCAGUCCGGCUUUGUAUCAAGAAGCAUUACAAGAGCUGGAAUCAACGUACGGACAUCCCCAGAUCGUGUCGAGGACUUAUAUUCAAUCCCUCAUUCAGCUACAACGAGUAAGCAUGAAUGAUUACAAGGCGCUAUUGAAAUUUUCACUUCGCCAGCUGGUUCAGCAAGUUCGUCAAAGGCGAAAUGGUGGCAAAACACAGUCAGAUUUCCCUGACACCUAUAACGCCAGCAAAACCAAAAAGCGCAUCAAAACUGGGCCGGCAGCCCGACAACAAAUCCGGAUUUUCACCGACUAUCAACGCAGUCACGCAUCCAGCGAACUCCGGCGGAUCAUUAUCGUCAAAAGUGAAGAAGACGCAGCAAGCAGAAGCGCCUCCAAAGAAGCUAAUUUGCCUCCUCUGCAAAGGCGACCACCGCCUGGGACAACAGUCACGCUACCCUUAAAUGUAGCGACAGUCUCCGUCGACGACGACGAGUCAUGCACGGUGCUGCAAAUAGUACCAGUCACCCUGGAAGUGGACGGAAAAACAUUGGAAACGUUUGGAUUCCUCGACCCGGGAAGCCAAGAAACUUUGAUUUUAGACCGAACAUCAGAAGAGCUCGAUCUCGACAGCGCUGAAGACAUUACAAAGCUAAGCCGAGAUGUUAUGCGCAUCCAUAAUGUACUGGAGCAACGCAGUCCACCCAACGGAACCGAAGCGCCAGACGGAAUCCUUACCCAUUUCGGAUGGAGCAUCGCAGGACCAGUUCCAGAGUCACUGCCGAAACGACAAAAUUACCGUCCCAGCUCCGUCGGACAUAUUUCAUGUCAACAAUCCGACGAGGUUUUAAAUGAAGCUGUCCAACGAUUUUGGAGAACGGAAUCGUACGGCGUCGGGCUUUCCUAUCAACAAAAUUUAUCUCCCGAUGAUAAAAAGGCAUUUCGCAUUCUUCAAGAUACAAUCCAGCACACCAGCUUGCGCUACGAAGUCGGUUUAAUGUUAAAAAAUCCGGAAUUAAAUCUACCGAACAACGCUGAAGUCGCCUUCCUCCAUUUCACGUCAUUGGAGCGCCGUUUUAAAAAGGAUCCGGUGUUUGCUAAAAAUUAUGCGGCCGUCGUAAACGAGUACAUCGCGGCCGCCCAUGCCAAAUUAGUGAACGCCAAUUCUCCUUCAACUCGCGGCCAUGUAUGGUACCUGUCGCACCAUGGAGUCCCAGUGGCAAGCAAACCCGGAAAAGUUCGGGUAGUUUUCAAUCCGUCGGCGCGCUUCCGCGGCACAACUUCAAAUGAAGAGCUGUACAAGAGCCCGGAUUUACUCACGUCUCUCAUCGAAGUUUUACUGCGUUUUCGGCAGCGUCCGUGCGCAAUUUCUGGCGACAUUCAGAAAAUGUACCAUCAGGUAAAAGUGCCGGAACACCAACAAUCUUUAUUGCGCUUCAUCUGGAGAGAACCGGGCAGUACCGAAGACCCACAAACAUUCCAGAUGACUGUCCACGUCUUCGGAGCGGUCUCCUCACCGAUAAGCUGCAUUUAUGCUCUGCGACGGACCGCAGAAGAUUUUGGACCCCAAUACCCAAGAGCCGCAGAGAAAGUUUUGAAGAACAUCUACGUAGAUAAUUAUCUUGAUUCAGCCGAUACUGAAACCGAAGCCAUCGCCCAGCGCCAAGAAGUAACCGAUCUUCUCAAGCACAUAGGAUUUAAUAUGGUGCAAUGGAUGUCAUCGUCCCGUCCCGUGUUGGCCUCUGUCAAUCAGGCUGAUCUAGCAAGAGGGCUGGAUAUCACCACUGACCCUUUGCCCGUUGAGCGCACCCUCGGAAUCCUUUGGGAUUGCCAGCACGACGCGUUUAUGUUUAAUUGCAACACCCGACUCGACGUCAAAACGAAGAGGCAAGUCCUGCAAGAGAUCGCAUCGAUCUUCGAUCCAUUGGGAUUUCUCGUUCAAAUCGUGAUGGUGGCCAAAAUCCUGAUGCAAGAUAUCUGGCGUUCCGGAGUCGAAUGGGACGAUCCGCUUCCUCCGGCGCUUCUCGACAUUUGGAAGCCGUUGGUUUCCGACCUGCCCGCGAUCUCAACUUUAAAAGUUCCCCGCUGCUUUCGUCGAUCGACCCAACCAUCGGAUAAUCAACUGCAUGCCUCGGAAUUAGGAUUAGUCGCUUGCGUAUUUCUUCGCGCGUCAUACGAGUUGCUCCUCUUCGUCAACUUUCAAUUCCGCGGUUGGAGCUGCAAAGUGCUGUUCUCGGCGCCCAAUUAUGCGCCACCAACAUCAAGGACCUUGGCCCGAUCGCAUCCGCUGUCUAUUAUUGGUGCCUUUUCGCAGACAGUGUUACAAUGGAUUCACUCGAAAACGAGCAAAUACCAUGCCUUUGUGGCCCAUCGAGUGACGGAUAUUCUGGAUAAAAGCGAAGCGACUCAAUGGCGCCACAUUCCCGGAGAGCUUAAUCCCGCCAAUGAUGGAUCCCGAGGUGUGUCCACUGCCUUCUUCACCACCCAACAUCGCUGGUUUCGUGGCCCCGAUUUUUUAUUGAUGCCUGAAACGGCCUGGCCGCCACCGACCAACAUUGCCGAACCAGAAAAUGAUGACCCUGAAGUCUCACCCGCCAAAUGGAUUGGUUCAAUUCGAGUUCCGACCCCUCAUCCUAUUUUUGUGUUGAUUCAACGGUCUUCCGAUUUCAUCAAAAUCAAAAGAAUCGUCGCCUGGCAGCUGCGCUUCCUUCGGAAUUAUUCUCUUUCACUGAAAAAGAAAACCCUUCCAAUCACAUCAAAGUUGGCCACAUUGACCCCCUUUAUAGACGCGUGCGGAAUCAUUCGGGUGGGCGGCCGGAUCCAGCAUGCUUGUCUCACUGAAGACACCAAACACACCAUCGUCUUGUCCUCCGACAGUCAACUGGCGAUAAUGAUUAUUCUUGACCUCCACAAUCGCCUUACUCACGCAAAAACGGAGCGUUUGCUGCAUAAUCUCCGGGCGACGUAUCAUGUUCUGCAGCCACGGGCCACUUUAAAGAGAGUGAUUCGUCCCUGCUUCGAGUGUAAGCGACGCUACAACCAACCGGUGUGUCCGCUCAUGGGUCCGUUGUCGGCCAGCAGGAUCACAACUCAUCAGUGGCCAUUUACACAUGUCGGGAUCGACUACUUCGGCCCGCUGCAUGUCUCCAUGCUUCGACGGAUUCUGAAGCGAUACGGAGUGAUGUUAACGUGCCUGGAUUGUCGAGCCGUCUACCUUAAACUUGCUGAUUCCAUGGACCUCGAUUCAUUCAUGAUGGCUUUCGCCCGUUUCACAGACCGUCGUGGAGUUCCCCUUGUCUGCUACAGUGAUAACGGAACGAAUCUAGCGGCUGGAGAACAGGAGAUCCGCGAUGCUAUCGCUCAAUGA